UUAUAUAUACAUUGUGCAUAUACAGGCUCAUAUAAGAUAUUUAAUUGUUAUUUUAUUUUGAUGUUGUUACUAAAAAAGGACUUUUCUGUCCUGUGCAUGUGGAGUGUUAGUUAUGAUAGGUUCAUCCGUGUGAGGCUUCCUUCUGUUGUAUGAGAGGGAUUGUUUCUUUGUGUCAGCACCUAAUCCACACUGUGAAGGGCUCUAGACCCUUUUAGGGGCCCUAGUGUUGUAGCUGAGGCCAGAGAAGAGGCAGUUCCUAAACACUGUUCCCUGUCAUGGGCUGGGAUGGGACAGUGAUCCUCAGGGGAUGUUCUUUUAAAUGUCAUCAUGUUCCCACAUCUAAUUAAUAUAUUACUUCCCUUUCGCCUGCUGUUAAACUAUUUCUAGUUCUAAACAUUUGACAUCUUUUAUGACCUUCCUCCUUCAGUUUGAGGUAUGUUUAUUUCUAGUUGAAGACUAAGUUAAAAGUUACAUAUCCCACCAAGAUACAUUUAACAUUUCACAGUUACUCGAUUGCAAAAAUAUUGUAAGCUUUAUGAGCAAAAAAAAAGAAGUGCAGUACAGAAAAGAAUUUUUUUAUUUGAUUUGUUGUAUUGUCUGCAGCCCCCUCCCACAAUUCAACCAAAGGAUUAUAGUGUCACUGAGGGUCACGGCCGUUAUAAAUACCCCUGUGGCCUCUCACUUCCCCAUCAGAGAGGUUGAAUGUCUGCAGGACAUGCUCAUCAUUUGUCUAUCCGUGUUCCUUUAUUAAAUAUCAUCUAGAACUUUCAUGUAGAUGCAGAGAUCACCUGCUAGUUUCACACUUAAGGUUUUAUGACAAAAACCACAAGUUAGAAAUUAACGGAACAAAUGAUUUCAGUCUUGUGAAGCAGGGCUGCUUUUUACGCGAACUUCUUUGUAGGUUAUAGAGGCAUUUAUGCUUGGUUUUCCAUAGUUUAGACGCCUUUGUUUUUUUUUGUGUCCAUCCACAAAAAAAUCAAAGGAACGCAUCCAGAUCUGAGAGGAAGCUCUUGGAGGUUCUUCUCUUUCUCACGCUCACAUCCCUCCAUAUUUUUGGCAUCGCCUCUGAGUUACUGCAGCCAUGUGGGAGUUCCGGUCCAUGUCUUUUUGGCGGGCUGUGUUUGCCGAGUUCUACGGCACCAUGUUCUUUGUGUUCUUCGGGCUGGGAGCAGCUCUGCGUUGGACCACCGGGCCACACAAUGUGCUCCAAGUUGCCUUCUGCUUCGGGCUGGCAGCUGCCACACUCAUCCAGUCCAUCGGCCACAUCAGCGGCGGCCACAUCAACCCAGCUGUCACGUUCGCCUACCUGAUUGGCUCCCAGAUGUCCCUGUUUCGUGCUUUCUUCUACAUCUGUGCUCAGUGUUUGGGCGCGCUAGCUGGAGCCGGUGUGCUGUAUGGGGUCACGCCUAGCAAUAUGAGAGGCAAUCUGGCCCUGAACACGCUUCAGCCAGGCAUCAGUCUGGGAAUGGCCACCACCAUAGAGAUAUUCCUGACUCUGCAACUCGUGGUGUGUGUCUUUGCCGUGACGGAUGAGAGGCGAAAUGGCCGACUGGGUUCUGCUGCCCUGUCCAUUGGGUUCUCAGUGCUUGUGGGCCACCUGCUGGGGAUGUAUUACACUGGAGCUGGAAUGAACCCUGCCAGGUCUUUUGCCCCUGCUAUGCUUUAUAGGAACUUUAUUAACCAUUGGGUCUACUGGGUGGGCCCUAUGAUCGGCGGUGCUUUGGGCGCCCUGCUGUACGACUUCAUGCUCUUUCCACGCAUGCGCGGUCUGUCCGAGCGACUGGCCAUGCUCAAGGGCAACCGGCCUCCCGAGGCCGAAGCCCAGCAGGAGACCCGAGGGGAACCGAUUGAGCUCAAAACACAAGCCUUAUAAACACUGUCAGGAAACUUUGGAUCCCUGAAGCAACACACCUCAUUUCACACACCUCAUCUUCACACACCUCCAACAUACCAACAAAGUUUGCCAUAGGGAGAAUCACACACACUUCCAAAGGCAAUCGAGACACUAUAACCCCUUCCCAAGGACUAAGAAUGAGGGUAAGAAGAGGACUUCCUGCUGAGGACUGCGCUCUGUACCGCCAGGCAUAGGGAGCGAGAUCAGGUGGCUAACGCCGCUCAGGGGCACCUCUGUCGUUUCUAGUCUACUAAGAGUGAACUACGCUAGAAGUGGACUUCUGCAUGAUUUCCAGUUUCACAGGGUUUAAAUCUCACACAUUCAUUUCAUUUCAGUUUAUUUUUUCUUUGAUUUUUCAGAGAUGUGACACGUGUAUAAUAUUAUUAGCAUUUUGCAACAGAUUUCUUUACAUUCUACUUAAAGUCUACAUUAUUCAGUUGUGCUUGGUGUGUGUGUGUGUGUGUGUGUGUGUUUUCCAGUUUGGCUCUUCCAUUUCCACCAUUCGCCAUGUGUUUGUAUCAAUGCGAUGUUCUUUUUUCUAUCUCCCAAAAUGAAGGAAACAUUCCUUUAAACCUUCGGUUAGGUGGAUGUUCAUUCACGACUAAAAGCAUUAUAAAUCCUUUGGGAAUUUGGAUCCCUCUUCGAGUCUGUUUAAAACUGUUGUAUUGUUUAACUGUGGCCUAAUGGUCCAGUAUGUGUUUCUUUAAAAGAAGCACAGUCACACCAUCAUAUAUAAACAUACAAAACACAACUACGCUACCGCUACCCCCCCCCGCAUUUUCAAAACUUGACUUUCGUACUUCCAAAAAAUGGAGUACAUCACUGUUUUCACCAAUUUAUCAUGUUUCAGGCAUUUUCAUUGAACUUUUUCUGCCAUAAAUCUGCAUGCAUAGAUUUUCUGUUUAGAUUAAUGGGUUUGGCAUUAUUUUGUGUGUAAAUAGCUAAAGUUAGGCGAAAGCAAUGGUAUUUUGUCUCGGGCAAGAGAAUAUUUGUGUAAUUCAUUGUAAAAGAAAUUUUAAACCUCACCAAUCUGAGCAGAAGUGAUUCAAAACCGUUCUUGUUUUUCACAAUUGGAGAGGGAUUUGUUAAUGUAAUUUAGUCACCUCUUCCUCACUGGUCUCCGAUUAGAGGAUUGCUGAGCGACCGAGAUGUCUGGAUUUAAAUGCACAUUAAUGUUCUUGCAGCAUUUGGAUCUGAUAGAAUGAAAAGGCGAUUACUCCACCCAGGUGUUCUGUCACUUUUUGCCUUUCUGCACUCUUUCCACUCUUCCACUAGUGUCUCCUUAUCCAAGAUCUGACUGAAGGGAGACCAGAGUCAGCUGAAAGAUCUCCAAACCUCACCAUAGGGCUCUGUAAGCACGCUCUUUUUGAAGAUAUUUAAUUAAAUGGACUUUCUACAUACAAAUGUCAAUGUUUACAUGAAAAUCAGAUCUCAUUUUGUCAUCAUAGUCUUGUGUAAAAUGUAAAGAUACACUUUUUUGACUGUUGAAUCUAGCUGAGUAUAAAUAAUAAUUUCAAGUUAGUAAUUGUCUGACCUUGGAGUGUGAAAUAAUGCCACAGUGCUUGAAUUUCAUUAACAAUUGUCAGUUUUUUUUUUUACCAUCUCUAAAUUAACACCAAUUUUCGUUCCAUGUUAAACUAUUUUUUUAUUCUUAUGAAACAUGAGACAAUCUUUUAUUCUUUAGAAAUCCAGAACUAUUGAAUUUUCAGGCAAAAGACUCUGUCUCAAACGGCAUUUUGACUUUAUUUAUCAGAUUUAAAACAAGGAAAUUUGAAUAUUUCUUUUAAAAAAUCUUAUAUACCUGCUUUACAUAUUUGGUCACAUGUAUUAAAAGAGAAAAACUGCAACUUUUACAUUUUUCAAUGACAAAUGCAUUAAGUGCUUUAUGCUCUUCUUUGGCCAGUAAUAGGAAUAUGACGAGAUCUUCUGGAUCAAUGAUCAGGCACAUUAAUACAUUAAAGCUACAGAAAGAACAUCUGAAUAGACAACAGAAAUGAAAUGAUGUGGUACUCCCCAAAAGGACUAAAUACAUACAGACAGUUACUGAUGGCACCUUUGAGAAACAUCCCAUUUGAUAUUUUCCUAUUCAAAGCACUAAGAUGAAAGAUUUAUAUUUUACACAAUAUAGAACAGUAUUGUUGAAAGGCAAAAAUCACAGUUUAUGGGAAAGAAACAAUGUAUAUUACAUUUAAAUUU